AUGCGGACCCAGGCAAGCCUGGAACGCCCUGCACCAUCGACAAGUGGAUCGUGGGAGAAUUCAACUGCUCUUGCGUCGGCAUCUCGAAGUGCCUCCCUGCCUAUUGCAAGGCUGACACUCCCAAUGCAAGUUUUUUUGACAUCCCCGUCAAAGACCUCAUGGAGGUGCAGGGUGCUUGCAACCGCCAGUGGCGUUUGGGCGGAAGUCUGCCGAGCGUUGCUCUAG